CGGGAACGCGGUUUUUGCUCUGUGGAAUCAAAACAGAACAAUUUUCCAUAAAUACAAAAAUUUGGGCCAAGGUAAGAAAUUCUAUAUUCUACUUUUUCUCUCUAUAAUUUUCUUUUUUCUGUCUCUUUGAAAUUUCUGGGAAACCUGCGAUCCGCUGUUUGCAAUAGCGUGAUCUAAGGUUUCUAAUAACCCUCGUCUUUCUCCCAUCCAUUUUUCAAUCUCUCUUUGUGGAGGAUUCCCAUUUCUAUAUUCAACAUGAGUGAUCACGUCGUCUUGUACGUCGACCGCCUUAUGAGGCCUGAUCAGAUGCCUCCGGUGGCCUCUGCUGGUCCCUCGUCUUCCGCCCCCGAUCAGGAAGCCCACGCUGUUACUUUGGACCAGGGGACCAUAGAAGAGGAGCCCUUGAUUCAGGUGGCUGAGUGCCGCAUUUGCCAGGAAGAGGAUUCCGUUAACAACUUGGAGACUCCCUGUGCCUGCAGUGGGAGCCUCAAGUAUGCUCAUAGGAAGUGUGUUCAGCAUUGGUGUAAUGAGAAAGGGGAUAUCACUUGUGAGAUAUGUCACCAGCCUUAUCAACCUGGUUAUACUGCUCCACCUCGUCCACCUCGCCCUGAAGACACUGCUAUUGAUAUUGGUGGAGGCUGGACCAUCUCUGGAGCUCCUCUGGAUCUACGUGAUCCUCGCCUUUUGGCAAUUGCAGAAGCAGAACGUCAUUUUCUGGAAGCCGAGUAUGAUGAGUACGCUGCUUCAAAUGCUAGUGGAGCUGCAUUUUGUCGUUCGGCUGCUCUGAUUUUAAUGGCCCUUCUACUCUUGCGGCAUGCAUUGACUGUUACAGAUCCUGAUGGAGAUGAUGACGUGUCUACCUUUUUCUCUCUUUUCUUGCUACGAGCUGCUGGUUUUCUUUUGCCCUGUUACAUCAUGGCUUGGGCCAUCAGCAUCUUGCAACGUCGAAGGCAAAGACAGGAGGCUGCGGCAUUGGCGGCAACACAAGUUGCUUUUGUGCUUCAAUCGGGCCAACAUAGGGGUCUGCAGUUCACAAUAGCCUCAGGACCUCAUGUAGCUCCACACCAGGAUCCUGUUUAACUAUGAAAAACCGAGGGAGAGGAUAAGUGGAAGAGAAUUCCCAAUUAAUAAUGUUUGUAUUUUAAACAAUAUCCCCCCUUCCUCUUCUGGGGGCAAAAAAAAAAAAAAAAAGUGUGAAUCAUGAUCUCGUUUGGCAUACUUUAUCUUGUUUCCUUUCCGUAAGAUGUACAUAUGACCUGUACUUUUAACUUUUUUUUUUUUUUGUAAGUUCUAACCUCUAUCUUUUCUUUUCUUUUUUCCCUUUUUCCCAAUUCACUGCCAAUAUUUCAAUUGUUAUUAUCUAA